UCUCCAUUAAGUCCAAAAGCACCUUUCUUGCAUUGCUGGAAUCUUGUCAUUUCAACAUUGUUUUGCUUUGCUUGAUCAUAAAUCUGAUCUGUGAAUCCUGUGAGAUCCAUUUUAUUAGCUUUGCUGUCAAUCAGAUGGUCGCUUUGUCAGUCUGAGCAAAAUGGGGGGUUGUGUGUCGACGAGCAGUAGUACUUGUAGUAGCAGGAGCAAUGGAGAAAAAGUUUCACCUGAAUGUUUAGGAAUAAGCAUGUUUAGCCGAAAAAGGAGUAGAAGAACUUUUUCUGAUCAUGUCAUUGCAUUGAAGCAUCUGAGUUCAAUUCCCAAUCGGAUCUUUACUAAUGGCAAGAGCCGCACUUCUUGCAUAUACACACAACAAGGACGUAAAGGCAUUAACCAGGAUGCGAUGAUUGUGUGGGAAGAUUUCAUGGCGGAAGAUGUGACCUUUUGUGGGGUAUUUGAUGGCCAUGGUCCACAUGGUCAUCUUGUUGCUCGCAAAGUAAGGGAUGCACUGCCCCUGAAGUUAAUGUCCUUUUUGCAGUCAGUUGAAUCAAAGGGCAAUGGUUCUGCUGCCGAUUGCUGCAAUGAGAAUCCAGGAUCGGAAGUUGUGGAUCCUGAUAAGGAUCAAGUGAACGCGGAUAAAGUGGACACUCAGCGGAGAGAAGCUUUUCUUCAAUCGUAUAAGGCGAUGGACAAAGAAUUGAGGUCCCAACCUAAUUUAGAUUGCUUUUGCAGUGGUAGCACUGCUAUUACUCUAGUAAAACAGGGUUCAAACCUUUAUAUGGGCUAUAUUGGUGAUUCACGGGCAAUCUUGGCAUCAAAGGAUGACAAUGAUUCGAUGGUCGCAGUCCAGUUGACUGUUGAUCUGAAGCCUGAUUUACCUAAGGAAGCUGAGAGGAUAAAACAGUGUAAAGGUCGGGUUUUUGCAUUGCAAGAUGAGCCAGAAGUGCAGAGAGUUUGGUUGCCAUUUGAUAAUGCCCCUGGAUUAGCAAUGGCUCGAGCAUUUGGCGAUUUUUGUGUGAAGGACUAUGGGGUAAUAUCUGUACCAGAAUUUUCUCACCGGGUUCUUACAGAGAGGGACAAGUUCAUUGUUCUUGCUUCUGACGGGGUUUGGGAUGUCUUGAGCAACGAGGAAGUGGUCGACAUAGUGUCAUCAGCGCCUACACGGUCAUCAGCUGCCAGAAUCCUAGUUGACUGUGCUGCACGCGAAUGGAAAAUCAAAUAUCCGACUUCAAAAAUGGAUGAUUGUGCUGUUGUUUGCUUAUUCUUGGAUGGAAAGAUGGACUUGGAAUCUGACAAUGAGGAGGAGCAAUGUCUCUCAUCUGCUGCACUUCAGAGUAACCAUUCUGGUAUUGCUGCUGAAUCGGAUGACGGGCACAACUCCGAGCCAUCUCUACAGAGAAACACUACUGUCAGAUCAGCUGAAGAGAACGAUAUCUAUAAACGAGCAGUAGCUGAAGCAGAUCAAGAAACCGCAAUGACAGAAGAUCAGAAAUGGUCAGGAUUGGAAGGCGUUACGCGAGUCAACUCUCUGGUUCAGCUUCCAAGAUUUUCCGAUGAGAGGCAAGGACCUUAACUUUGUGUUAUUCAAUCAUGAUUGUUGUUAUAUACAAAUUCUUUCGUCUCAAAGUGUCGAUAGAGAAAGUAGCAUUGGUUCCA